AUGGGACUGUGCCUAUCCAAACUCUCAUCGGAGCUCCCCCACUCCGACUCCCUCAACGGCGGCCAUGAAAGCCGAGCCAUCUUCUCCGACCAACGCAACUCCACCAAUACUCACACUCAGCCCCACGCUCUCUUCUCUCUUUACUCCCGCAGAGGAACCAGACCUCUCAACCAAGACUCCACAGUUCUCUGUCAGGGUUUUGGAAUGACUGAAGCAACCGUCUGUGCUGUUUUCGACGGCCAUGGACCCAACGGCCAUGUAGUGAGCGAGCUGGUCAGGAAUCGCCUUCCUCUGAUUUUACUCAACCAAAGAGUCGUCGUCAACGAAAGUUCUCCCGUGAAAAUGGAAAACAUUGAAUUCAAAUUGGUACCGCCUAAUUUUGAUAUGGAUCCUAAGAUUUGGAAUGAAGCGAUCACCAGUUCGUUCAAAGUUCUGGACGCCGAGCUUGGGAUUCCGCAUAAAUUUGACUUCUCUUGUAGUGGAACCACCGCCGUCGUCGCCAUUGCACAGGUUCAUAUUUAUGGAUUCAUGUAUGUGUGUAAAAAAAUCAUUAACAUUUAUAUAAAUGAGCUUGAACGUUAUGCCAAAAUCUUAAUGGGGUGUUUGGUAUGGGAUAAAGUAAAUAUGAGAAUGAGAAUUUAA